AUGUCCAUCACGAAACGAGAAGAUUAUACGGUGAAGUUGCGGGUGCGAACGUGGACGAAAAUCCCUGGAUUCAGCGGGCGGAUAACAAAGUGCUACAGCGUAUCACCAGUCGCCGUUCACAUAACGUUUGAGGAACUUCUGCUCCGCGUCAGGCGCGACGACCCCCCAUACCGAUGCAAGAAGAUUGUCGUUUAUAGUGCUCGGGGGGAGUUUUUAGUCUGCUCAGACGACCCCUUAAGUGCUCGUCUGGGCGACUUUGUAUAUGAUAAGGAGGAGAUUAUCUAUUUCUUAGAUAUCAUACAAGCAACAACAACAGUGCCCACGGCACCCCCACGUCUAUAUCAACAACAACAACAGUGCCCACGACACCCAGAUUGUUCCCGGCCCAUGCUGCCCCUGGCACCCAUGUUAUUGCUCCCGCCCACGGCGGCCCCCACAUCUAUAGAAGGAGGAAUAGAAGAGUAG